AUUUUUUUUGAAUGAGAUAGCGCUGCUUCUUUGUUGACAUGAUUCCGUCAUUUAAAGUUCGUUCCAUCCUCUAGGGCCCGUUCUUUCACAGCUGGCGAUCAGCUGGUGAUCCACUAUUAGACGCACGCCCGGCAAAGCGUGAAGUAUUCUGUGUGGUAGUUUCAAUAUUGUGCCGACUUGUGGAUUAGUUUUAGCAAACUGGCUAAUCAAACUGGUAGGAUUGACCCCACCGACAAACCUGCGAUGGGAGUACUCAAGGCAAGAUCAGCCCGUCAAAAGACCGAUCAUAUAUUCGAGAAAAAGCAUUAUAAAAAACUUUUGAAAGUUAUGAAUAGCGUUGAGAAGGAUCUAGGAGCGAAACUCUCACCAAGCCCAACUAAGUUCGUGGUGCUGUCGAAUGCAGGCCUAGCCAAUGGAGCUACGACUUCGGCUAUCUUGAAGGCAUUGCCGGAUUCUUGUCGGAGUCGUGAUGAAGCGACAAUUCUGCCUUGCCAACCGAUUCUGUUACCAGACAAACAUUACUCCUUUCUACAAUGUAUCACAGUCGAAAUUGCGGAAGAGUCAUUUUUGCAGGUGGUGACGGCUUUGUCUGGCAGGGCCUGCUUCGAAUUUCUUGGAAACCAACCAGUGUACGCCGGUUACAUCGAUCGAGCCGUUGAUACACCCGGCCUGAGUUUCGGGCCUCUUCCUCCCGGACUGAAGAUUUUACAAAAUCGUAUUAGUUUAGAAGAGGAACCGAAGUGGCUGGAACUGCUCAGGCCGCAGUACGAUAAAGCGGUUCCUGCCGAAAACACAACAGAUUAUAAGUGUGUACCCCAGUCUACGGCGUCAUUAAAGAACCGCCAGGUGGAACAUUUCGGCUAUAAUUUUGAUUAUUCAAUUAACGGUGUUAGACGAGAUCAGCCCCUGGGUGAUAAGUCAUUGCCACCACUGUGCUUACAGUUUGUAGAAAGUUUGCACCAAGAAGGGCUUCUGGAUAAAAAACACUUGCCAAAUCAACUCACCGUCAACAGAUAUUCUCCCGGUGAAGGAAUUCCAGCACACUGUGAUACACACUCGAUGUUCACGUCAUGUAUAGUGAUUGUAUCUUUGGGCGGAGAUAUCGUUAUGGAGUUUCGUCGCAUAACCGAUGGGGCGAAUCAAUCCGCCGUAUCUGUGCUUGUUCCUCGUGGCAGCAUUAUGUUUAUGGCUGACGAAAGUCGUUAUGGUUGGACGCAUAGUAUUGCGCCUCGCAAGUAUGACCUGAUUCCGAGAGGUCAGCCAGACCUUCCGCCAGUAGCAGUAGCUCGAAAUGAACGAACUUCCUUCACGUUUCGAAAAGUUCGCAGUAGUGAGAAGCCAUGCGAGUGCAAUUUUCCGAACCUGUGCGAUUCACGAUUUUCUCGGAAUCCACCUGCGCAGUUAUCUUUGGCAGACCGAGAAGCAAGCAAAUUGGAGAAGAUGCACGUCCAUGAGGUGUAUGAUGAUAUUGCGAAGCAUUUCAGUGGAACGCGGUAUGCGCAAUGGCCACGAGUGGUCGAAUUUCUACAAUCUCUUCCAAGGGGGUCACUUGUGGCUGAUAUCGGAUGCGGUAAUGGAAAGAACAUGCGUGUCGAAGGGAGAUCCGAUCUUGUGUUUCUUGGCUCCGAUCGUAGUGUCGGUUUGCUCGACAUCUGCCGCCAAAGAAAGCUCGAGGUGGCGUUAAUAGACUGUUUACAACAGCCGCUUCGGGCGGGAACAUUUGACGCUGCUAUUUGCAUCGCGGUGCUGCACCACUUGGCUAACUAUGAGCGUCGUCGGGAAGGUUUAAGUCAACUGAUUCAGCUAGUCCGGUCCGGAGGAAAAAUUCUGGUUUAUGUAUGGGCCAAGGAGCAGCGAUAUACAGGAUUUCAGUCGAAAUAUCUUAAAGAAUCAUUCGCCCAGAAAAUCGCAAAGACAGAAAAUGUCAAUGAGCAAAGGCUAACAGAACCGCCGGCGAAUUCAAGUAGAAAAACAAAAUGUACAGGCCCGCCAAUUGAAUUAAACAUGGAAAAUGCUGUUGCAGGACAGGGAAGCACUGGCGAAGACUAUACUCCUAUGUGCAGUGGGUUAAAGUCAAUGAAGGGUUCUUCCGACCCAGAAAUACUGUCCAACGGAUUCCGUGCAAGUAAGACGGCACUCGUCCAAGUUGGAGAUACGAAGCUGAGUAUUCCAGUGCAUACAAACCGUCGCGAUUUUACUGCAGGACCAGAUGUUCUAGUCCCGUGGACUAAGGUCUCGGAAGGGCAAGUUAAGCACCGAUUCUAUCAUAUCUUCCGUGAGGGCGAACUACAAUCCUUGGUGGAGCUAAUUAAUAACGAAGAAAACGAAGCGCCUGUUGUAGUAAUUGAAAAAGAGUAUUACGAUGAGGGUAAUUGGUGUGUCGUUCUUGUCAAACGCUAGUGCCAUACAUUCAAUGCUGUAAUCCCAAAUUAUUUCUACUCAGAAACUUUGCCUUACUCAUAAGCAACUACUCAAGCUGGAUGCCGUUGUUGAGAAUUAUCGUAACGAACAAUUAUAAUAGGAGUUGCUUAGUGGAGAGGUUAUCAUGUUGACAACGCUACAAGUUACAUACAUUUCGAGACAUUACGUUCACUAUUUUUCAGUUACUGUACUUUUGCAUUAAAUAAAGUGUGUACAUAGUCUUUGCUCA